UUGAACACUGCAGCGUGAGACCACAAACGUUGGAAACUCUGUAUUAUGAAUAAUAUAUUGUCUGAAGCAAAUGGCACCUUUGCCAUCCAUAUUCUGAAGAUCCUCUGUCAAGACAAACCUUCAGGAAAUGUGUGUUAUUCUCCUGUGAGCACCUCCUCUGCCCUAGCUAUGGUCCUCUUGGGGGCAAAGGGAGACACUGCAGUCCAGAUAUCUCAGGCACUUCAUUUAAACCCAGAUGAAGACAUCCAUCAGGGCUUCCAGUUGCUUUUCCAAAACCUGAAUGAGCAAAACAAAAAGUACUGCCUUAGAAUGGCCAACAGGCUCUUUGCAGAUAGUACUUGUGAAUUACUUCCAACCUUUAAGGAGUCCUGUCUUAAAUUCUAUCACUCGGAGAUGGAGCAGCUCUCCCUUGCUGAAGCUCCAGAGGAGUCCAGGAAACACAUAAACACAUGGGUCUCUAAACAGACUGAAGGCAAAAUUUCAGAUGUAUUGUCAGAAGACUCACUUGAUUCAGAGACCAGGCUGAUUCUAGUCAAUGCCUUAUAUUUCCAAGGAACAUGGUGUAACACCUUUGACAAAGAUGAGACCAAGGAAAAGCCCUUUAAGAUAAACAAGAGUGAAACAAGGCCAGUGCAGAUGAUGCAUCAGGAAGACGAAUUUGACCUCGCCUAUGUGAAGGAAAUUCAGACACAAGUGUUGGUGAUGCCCUAUGAGGGCAAGGAGCUGAGUUUCAUAGUCCUGCUCCCAGAUGAGGGUGUGGACAUCAGCAAGGUGGAAAACAGUCUCACUUUUGAGAAGUUAACAGCCUGGACCAAACCAGAUUUUAUGAAUCACACUGAGGUUCAUGUUUAUCUUCCAAAAUUUCAACUGCAAGAGCAGUAUGAUAUGAACACCCUGUUGCAGCAUUUGGGAAUAAUGGAUGUCUUCGAUGCGAGCAAGGCUGACUUAUCAGGAAUGUCUACUGAGAAAGACCUGUGUCUGUCCAAGUGUCUUCACAAGUGUGUGGUAGAAGUCCAUGAAAAAGGAACAGAGGCUUCAGCAACCGUUGUCGUAAAAGCUGUACCUAUGUGUUUAAGUUUUGAUACCCCACCAACUUUCUGUGCUGACCACCCCUUCCUUUUCUUCAUCAAGCACAACAAAACCAACAGCAUCCUGUUCUGUGGCAGGUUCUCAUCUCCUUAAAGACAAUGUUAUUAUAUGGGGAGAGUUCUCUUUUGGCAAAUUCACUACC